UAAAGCAACUGAGAAGCGCUUCAUCAAUUAGUUCGAAUUUGUACAAGAAAUUUACAAUAUUAUAGAGUUUUUCAAUUUUAUCUUAAUUAGUAAUAAAAUUCUGAUUAUCAAAUCAUAUUCACUUGUAUUAAAGUAUCUAUCGAUUAUUCAUCAUGCCGCGAAUCAUGAUAAAAGGUGGUGUUUGGCGAAAUACAGAGGAUGAAAUACUGAAAGCAGCUGUUAUGAAAUAUGGAAAAAAUCAAUGGAGUCGGAUAGCUUCUUUGUUACAUCGCAAAUCAGCCAAACAGUGCAAAGCACGAUGGUUUGAAUGGCUUGAUCCCAGUAUUAAAAAAACUGAAUGGAGUCGAGAAGAAGAUGAAAAAUUAUUACAUCUUGCCAAAUUGAUGCCAACUCAAUGGCGUACUAUAGCGCCAAUUAUUGGACGUACAGCAGCCCAAUGUUUAGAACGUUAUGAAUAUUUACUCGAUCAAGCUCAAAAAAAAGAAGAAGGAGAAGAUGGGUCAGAUGAUCCUCGUAAAUUGAAACCGGGUGAAAUUGAUCCCAAUCCAGAAACGAAACCAGCUAGACCAGAUCCAAAAGAUAUGGAUGAAGAUGAAUUAGAAAUGUUAUCAGAAGCUCGCGCUAGACUUGCAAAUACUCAAGGCAAAAAAGCUAAACGUAAAGCCCGUGAAAAACAAUUAGAAGAAGCAAGAAGGUUAGCAGCUCUGCAAAAACGAAGGGAGUUGCGUGCUGCUGGUAUAACAGCAUCUCAAAAAAAUAAACGUAAACGAGGAGUAAAUUAUAAUACUGAAAUUCCAUUUGAAAAACGUCCUGCACCAGGUUUUUAUGAUACUUCAAACGAACAUGUUGAUCCAUUAGCAGCAGAUUUUUCGAGAAUGCGGCAACAACAUUUAGAUGGUGAUUUACGAGCAGAAAAAGAAGAAAUGGAACGUCGUAAAGACAAACAAAAAUUAAAACAACGUAAAGAAAAUGAUAUUCCUAUGGGAAUGCUCAAUAAUGAUGAACCAAUAAAAAAAAGAAGUAAAUUAGUCCUACCUGAGCCUCAAAUAUCAGAUCAAGAACUUCAACAAGUUGUAAAACUUGGUAGAGCAUCUGAAAUUGGUCGUGAAAUUGCCACUGAAAGUGGUGUCACAGCGUCUGACAGUUUACUUGCAGAUUAUUCAUUGACACCCAACAUUUCAGUAACGCCAGCACGUACACCGGCACCAGCAACUGAUCGUGUGCUACAAGAGGCUCAAAAUGUCAUGGCUCUUACACAUGUAGAUACACCACUCAAAGGAGGAAUAAAUACUCCGCUUCAUGAUGUUGAUUUUAACAGUGUAAUGCCUACUACAAAUGCAAUAACAACUCCCAAUACUAUCUUGACUACUCCUUAUCGGUCCCAACGAACAACAGAAAGUGUCACACCAUUAUUUAAUAAUUCAUUUAAUACACCUGGAUCAAUACGGACUUCAAAUGGCGUUGUAACAACUCCAACUCCAAUUCGUGAUAAAUUAAACAUUAUAGCAGAUGAAGGUCUCGAUGCUACCGAUAUAUCUAAUUUACGAAAGCAAAUAAAAAAACAAAUGCAAGCAGAUUUUAGUACAUUGCCAACCGCUAAAAAUGAUUAUCAAAUUGUCAUACCUACUGAACUAAAUGAUUCUAAUGAAGAUACAAGGAACAAGACAAUAGAAGAUGGAGAUGUUGAUACUGUUGAAGAUCAAGCUGAUAUUGACGCACGAAAACAACAAGAAAUAUUAGAACAAAAACAACAAGAGCUUGCACGAAGAUCACAAGUUAUUCAAAGAGACUUACCAAGACCUGUAGAAGUAAAUAUGAAUAUUUUACGUAAUUCUAUAGAUAUACCUCUGACCGACUUUCAACGAGCUGAAGAAUUAAUUAAGCGGGAAAUGAUAACUAUGAUGCAGUAUGAUGCUCUAAAAAAUCCAGUCCAACAAAACCACAAACGAACUAACUCAAUAAUUUCACAAGCUCAAAAUUAUUUAGAUCAGCAUCCUUAUGAAAGUUUCCAAAAAGAUGACUUAGAAAAAGCUAAAAAAUUGUUGAAUGAUGAAAUGAGUAUUGUAAGAGAAGGUAUGGCUCAUGGUGAAUUAAGUUUAGACGCAUAUACAACUGUUUGGGAAGAAUGUCUAUCUCAAAUUUUAUAUCUUGACACUCAAAAAAGAUAUACAAGAGCUAAUUUAGCAUCGAAAAAGGAUCGAGUUGAAGCUUACGAAAGAAAAUUAGAAGAAAAUCGUGUUCAUAUGACAGGUGAAGCAAAACGUGCUGCAAAAAUGGAAAAAAAGCUGAAAAUUUUAACAGGUGGAUAUCAAACUCGUGCUCAAGUACUGACAAAACAAUUACAUGAUUAUUGGGAGCAAAUUGAACAAGCACACGUUGAACUUUCAACAUUUAAAUUUCUUCAAACUCAAGAAGAAGCAGCUAUUCCACGACGUAUUAACUCUUUACUAGACGAUGUUAACAGACAAACUACUCGAGAAAAGACAUUACAAAUUCGAUUUGCUGAACUACAAGAUCAACUUAAACAAUUCCAAGUGUAGUUGAAGUAUCUAUUAUAAAACAAAAUAACAAUAAUAAUAAUGAUGAUGAUAAUAAUAA